UUAGCUGCCAAUCGAAUAAAAAAAACUCAAAACUUCAAAAAUGUUUUUAUCUUCCCUCAUUGAAGAAAUUCUCUUACAACUCAAAUUUUUGGCAUCAAAAGCAAUUCUAAAUUAUGUAGGGUGUCAGCUGGCUAAAGUAGUAAUAAUAAAUCUCAAAAAUAUUAAUGUUAUAAAUUGAGGUAAAUCUGAAACAAUGGAUUUUAAAACAACAGUAUCAAAUGAUUACCAGUGGCCGUUUUCCAAGCCUGUGAUUGGCAAACCAUGUGAGCCGCCCACUCCGGACGCAGCGCCGACCAUCAGGCCCGCUCCGGUAGCUCCAUAUUGCCACUGUGAUGCACACUCCUAUUCACCUCGAGUGGAGCAGUACAAACAACUCUUGGAAAAAGAACAAAAACUGUGCCAUGACUAUGAGCAAUUGCGAAAACAGAUGGUGGAUGUCACCAACGACAUACUGGACCAUCCGUGCGAUGACCUCGACGGUAAAAUGAUGACGAUGUAUCAAGCAACAUUCACCAAACGAUCAUAUCCGAUGACGGACUACAGAACGAUAAUAGCAGCCUCUCAGUCGAACGCUCCAAUACCAAUGGAGACACACAGCCUCGGCAUGUUACGCUGUUACAAAGACCCCACAAACUUCACCGACCAACCUCCCACAGUCCGACCGACUAUCAAUCCUCCAGGACCGAUCCACACUGGAGUAGCUCCAAAAGCCAUUCAGACUUGGUUCGCGGAGUACCCGGGUAGGACAGAAUAUAUGGACACAUACAGUGCCUCAGCUAAGGCGUGCUGGCGGGCCAUGCAAAGGUACAAAGAACCCAUGCCCUCCACCAGGAGAAGGGCAGACGACACCUGCAUAUAAAUCGUGGACUAUAAUUGUUGGGUAGUGGUUUCGUCUAUAAAUCCGUUUCAUGUAUCAUAAAAAUAAAAUAAGGGAAGAUAA